UGCUAAUGUUUCCUCACGGAGAACUUUCGCAGUUGUAUCAGCAUGUGUUGUGAGAAUUUCUGAAGAGGAAUCUUUGCCUUCUCGUUGUCAGUGGGUUGUUUUGAUUAAGUUAGUUUUUAGAACUGGAAAGCAUGUCAUCUCCCGAGGUGGUUCUGGGUUUCCUUGAAGAAGCAGAACCGUGGCGGCUUCAGUCUCCGCAGUUCCCCAGCAAGGUCGGAGGGAAGCCGGCGUGGCUCAGCCAGACGGGCCUGCCCCUUCAGUCCGAUCUGGAGUGUGAGAAAUGCGGGCUGCCCAUGGUCUUCCUGCUGCAGGUGUACGCACCCAUUUCGGGUCAGGACAGAAGUUUCCACAGAACGCUUUUCCUGUUCUGCUGUAAAACUCCUGAGUGUUACUCCCACAACGACAGCCGCUGCUUGAAAGUUUUCAGAAGUCAGCUACCCAGGAAGAAUGAGUUCUACCCCUACGACCCUCCUCCAGAUGAUGAACCACAGACCGUCUCUAAAGAGGACAACAACAUUUUAUCCCGCUCAGGAGUCAAGCUGUGCUGGGUGUGUGGUUGCCCUGGAAACAAGGCCUGCUCCCGCUGCCACACUGUAACCUACUGUGGUAAACACCACCAGACUGUCCACUGGAAACACUCCCACAAGAAGGAGUGCCUCAGCGCAGCUCUGCCCUCGGCUUCUGCCUCCCCCUUCCUGUUCCCCGAGUCUGAGCUCGUGACUGAGCCUGAAGAGGGAGGGGAGGAAGGAGGUGACGCACAGAGAGGAGGAGGAGAAGAACAGAAAAGUACUGAAGGUCCUUCCUUAUCUGACACUCUGGCAGAAUCAGAUCUGGAGGAGAUGGCGUUGCACGAGACUGAAGACAACAAAGUGUUCCAGCGGUUCAAGAGGAAAAUCGCCUCAGAGCCGCACCAGGUGAUUCGUUACAGUCGAGGAGGCCGACCCCUGUGGGUCUCAUCCAGUCACGUCCCUGCAGAGGAGGAGAUCCCACCAUGCACCUGCGGCGCCAACAGGACCUUUGAGUUUCAGGUGAUGCCUCAGCUGCUAAACAGCCUCUGCGUGGACUCAACGGGAGCCAGCAUCGACUGGGGAACCGUUACGGUCUACACCUGCUCGGCUAGCUGUAACCAUGGAGACCAGUACCGCUCGGAGUUCGUCUGGAAACAGGACUUCAGCGCAGAUCAACUGACUCAGCAUAGAAACACGUAGUACAAAUAUGUUGGUUAUAGUUGCAGAAAACAGAAGAUAAAGUGCUCAAAUUAA